UUCAAGAGCACUCAAGCGGACUAUAUACAGGAGAUUAUCCUUUUGAAUAGUUGCGAAGUCUGUGAAUCUCGGGUUCGACUUAAAACACAAACAGAUUGUGUCUAACCUGGGUUUUUAAAUUGUAUUCUAACAACUCCACGUCGGCUUUUCUGCGCUCAGCUGAUUUUAUCUGGAAGUCUUGAAGAGCAGCGAGGACUAAACCACGAUGUGAUCAUUUCUAUCCCAAAAUGUUACGAAAAGUUAACGAAGCAAGUUGGAACACAUCGUGAACACCAAUACAGUGUUUCUGGCUAUAAAGUCCGUAUCGAUGCGAAUCUGAAAGGCAAAGAAAGUGUUUUUGUCCAAUGCAGCGGAACAGCAGUCUCGUUUCCAUUUGGCUUCAGCUCGAGCUGUGCGCGAUGGCUGUUCUCCUCACUAAAGGAGAAAUACGGUGCUACUGCGAUGCCCCCCACUGUGUGGCCACUGGUUACAUGUGCAAAUCGGAGCUGAAUGCCUGCUUCACCCGGACCUUAGACCCUCAAAGUGCCAAGUCUCCUUUAUCUCAUGGAUGUUACGACCCUCUGUUGAACUCUGGAAAAACUUGCCACCCAGAGUCAACCUAUGACACCAUUCACGGAUCUGCCACACUUCAGUGUUGCCAUGAGGAUAUGUGCAAUUACAGAGGCCUGCAAGAUGUCACAUACAGAGGAAGUGAAAUUCAUGACAAACGGCGACAUCAAACCGAAGGUAGCCGUCACGUGAUUGCACGACUACAGGAAAUUCCUACCUCCAAGGAGGUAUGGUUCCGCGCUGCGGUCAUCACUGUACCCAUUGCCGGUGGCCUCAUCUUGGUCCUCCUCAUCGUGCUGGCCCUGCGUAUGCUGCGCAGUGAAAACCGCAGACUGCGACAACAACGGAGAGAAAUGUUGUCUCGCCUUCAUUACAGCUUUCAUGGCCAACACCUCACCAAGGGUCAUGUGGCCAAACUGGACUUAGAGUGUAUGGUUCCAGUAGGAGGCCAUGAGAACUGCUGCCUGACCUGCGACAAGAUUCAGCAGUCCGACCUUACCAGCCAAAGACUUCUUUCAUUGGUCAGCUGGGGAAAGCACAGUGGCCAAGGCAAGCUAGAGUUUGUGUGAUGGCUUAAGAAUUUGCUUUCCUCCGUGGGACUUGUGUUUUAUUUCAACCCUUCUAAAGGAGGUACUGCAAACAAGAACUCAAAAGAGAACACUUGAAAGCUCUAACCAUAUGGUUGUUGCUCUAGAAGCACUUUACUUGAAUUAGAGACUUAAGGAGAAGACUGCUUGUAUUAUACGCUGCGACGAGGAGCGGCUUCGUGCUGGUAUUCUUUAUCACCGAAGGAUUCCAAAAAAAAUUAUUUUGGUUUUAUCAUGUGCACUUUUUGUAUAAAGAAUCUAUGGUUUAUGUGCUUUAAUAGUGGAGUAAAACCAGUGUGUCAAAAAAUGGUAGGGUUACAAUAUCUUGUCACUGGGGCAGUACCCUCAAAGCGACAUCUUUGUACCUUGUUUACCCCUAUUAGUCAAAGGUACCUUAAGAGUGCAUGUUAUUAUUCUAAGGUAUUAAUAUACACUUUUUAGGGGUAGAUAAGGUCUUGGUGACAUGCUGUUGUAUCAGUAAGGUACAGUUUUUGCAAUCGUUUUCACAGUGAAUGAUGACCGCUGCUGUGUGAAUGUGUGACUCUCACUGUUAAAGAGAUAGCUCACCCAAAAAUGAAAUUUCUGACAUUAUUUACUUACUCUCAAACUCAAAGAUAUGGGGUUUCAGCUGUUUUUGUUCAUACAGUGAAUUAAAUGCACUUUCAAGCUCUAAAAUGGAAAUAAAGGUAGUGUAAAAAUGUAAUCCAACCCUACAAGUAAUCCAUAUCCAUAACUCAGAGUCAUUUAAUUCAUUUUCUGAAGCAAUAUGUUCACUUAGAACAAUGAACAAGCCAAAAAAUGUACAGGGUUUUCAUUUACAAAUCACAUCAAAUCAUUGAUAAACUUGUACAAAGCCCAAAUCAAAUAUGGUGAUGUGCCAAAAACAUCAAACCUUAUUGGUGCAUGUGUCAUGAUGUAAAGGAGGUUAAAAGUUUUGAACUUUCAUUGUUUGGACAAAAACGUACAACAGAAACAUUCUUCAAAUACAUUAAUUUGUGUU